AAAGAUCUCUUCACAAGGCUGUAGGCUACUUACGCAAUAUCCUCGUGAUGGGGUUAACGGUGACGAGAAUACGCCCCAAACUCCAACACAUGCGGCGUCGACCCCCUGCUGUAGCCUACUGAGCGCUCUACAUUUUUUUCGUUUGUUACUCUACACUCAGACACGCCAAAGGACCGUCCUGUAUCAACAAUAGUUUCUAAAGUUUGUUCCUUACCGCCGCAUAUAUCUCCUUCUCUCUUCCACAGAAUGGAUCAUUCUAAAUCAGAUGCUGUCGCGGAUAACGUAGUGAACGGACAUUCUAAAAGUGAUGAAGCGUCGGUAACCGACUCCACCGUAGAGUCACCGGUGUUCUGCGGCGGCUGUCUGAGGCGGAUCAGUGGCUGCAUCCCCGUGCAUUAUAAAGAAGAGAUUGGCCAUCUUCUGAAACUAGCGGGACCGGUGGUUAUAUCACAGCUCAUGAUCUUCCUGAUCAGCUUUGUCAGCACCGUGUUUUGCGGUCACCUGGGGAAGACUGAGCUGGCUGGAGUGGCACUGGCUAUAGCGGUGAUCAAUGUCACCGGCCUCUCCAUUGGCUCUGGCCUGGCAUCAGCCUGUGACACUCUCAUAUCUCAGACAUUUGGCAGUGGUAAUAUGAAACGUGUUGGCGUGAUUCUCCAGAGAGGGGUUCUGAUACUGCUCCUGGCCUGCUUCCCCUGCUGGGCUCUCCUCAUCAACACUGAACCCAUCCUAUUGGCUGUUAGACAGAGCCCGGAGGUCGCCAGGCUCUCCCAGCUGUAUGUGAUGAUCUUCAUGCCAGCCUUGCCGGCUGCCUUCAUGUACCAGUUGCAGGGGAGAUAUCUGCAGAAUCAGGGUAUCAUCUGGCCUACAGUGCUAGUAGGAGUGGUGGGGAACAUUUUCAAUGCUCUCAUCAACUUCAUCUUCCUCUAUGUGCUGGACCUGGGCGUGGCUGGUUCUGCUGCAGCCAACUCCAUCUCCCAGUACUCCCUGGCUGUCUUUCUCUACUGCUAUAUUGUCUGGCAGGGUCUGCACAAGGCCACCUGGGAAGGCUGGUCAGCUGAUUGCCUGCAAGAGUGGGGUCAGUUCAUCACCCUGGCCAUCCCAAGUAUGCUAAUGCUGUGUCUGGAAUGGUGGACCUUUGAGAUCGGCGGCAUCCUGGCAGGUCUUAUCAGUGAGGUGGAGUUGGGGGCUCAGUCUGUUGUCUAUCAGCUAGCUGCCAUCACCUACAUGUUUCCCCUUGGUUUCUCAGUAGCAGCCAGUGUGAGGGUGGGCAACGCUCUGGGUGCAGGGAACACAGAACAGGCCAAGCUGUCUGGGAAGGUUGCCUCCGUCUGUGCAUUCAUCGUCUCGUGUUUUGUCAGCACGUUCGUCCUCGUGACUAAAGACGUGAUCGGUUACAUCUUCACCACAGAACAGGACAUUGUGAAGAGGGUGGCUGACAUCAUGAUCAUGUAUGCGUUCUUUCAUCUGGCAGACGCCGUCUUGGGCGUGAUGGGCGGUAUCAUCCGGGGAGCAGGAAAGCAGAAGAUUGGAGCGUUGUGUAACCUGGUGGGGUGCUACUUCGUAGGCCUCCCCAUUGGAAUCUCCCUCAUGUUCCCUAACAAGAUGGGCAUCAUAGGUUUGUGGAUAGGCCUGUUCGCCAGUGUGUUAACCCAGUCCUUAAUCUUGGUAGUUCUGCUGUGUAAACUGGACUGGAAAAAAGUCAGUCAAGAGGCUCUGGUGAGGGCAGGAGUCCAGCUCCCUGAAAGGAAAGAAGAGCAGUUUGGACUGGAGAAGAAAGGCAGGUCGGAGGCGGUCCCACCCAGCGAGGAGAGCCCUGGGGAGGGGAAGACGGACGUGGAGGGGCUGGGUGGGGACAGGGGGGAAGGCGGGGAGGAGUUAGAGGCUGAGGAGGGGCCGGUGGUCAUUACGGUGAGGUUGAAUGUCAGACAGCUGGUUGUUCGUCGUGGGCUGGUUGUCAUCCUCAUGUUCCUCAUCCUCACCGCUGGAAUCAUCCUCAGUGAACUGCUCACCAGCCUGCUGCUCGGAUAAACUGAGCCAAAGAGGUUACCCACAGCCGUAUAUACAGUACAGGAGGUUACGCACAGACACAUAUACAGUACAGGAGGUUACCCACAGCCACAUAUACAGUACAGGAGGUUACCCACAGCCACAUAUACAGUACAGGAGGUUACCCACAGCCGCAUAUACAGUACAGGAGGUUACCCACAGCCGCAUAUACAGUACAGGAGGUUACCCACAGCCGCAUAUACAGUACAGGAGGUUACCCACAGCCGCAUAUACAGUACAGGAGGUUACCCACAGCCACAUAUACAGUACAGGAGGUUACCCACAGCCACAUACACAGUACAGGAGGUUACCCACAGCCACAUAUACAGUACAGGAGUUUACCCACAGCCACAUAUACAGUACAGGAGGUUACCCACAGCCACAUAUACAGUACAGGAGUUUACCCACAGCCGCAUAUACAGUACAGGAGAUAACCCACAGCCACAUAUACAGUACAGGAGAUUACCCACAGCCGCAUAUACAGUACAGGAGGUUACCCACAGCCACAUAUACAGUACAGGAGGUUACCCACAGCCACAUAUACAGUACAGGAGGUUACCCACAGCCACAUAUACAGUACAGGAGUUUACCCACAGCCACAUAUACAGUACAGGAGGUUACCCACAGCCACAUAUACAGUACAGGAGAUUACCCACAGCCGCAUAUACAGUACAGGAGGUUACCCACAGCCGCAUAUACAGUACAGGAGGUUACCCACAGCCACAUAAACAGUACAGGAGUUUACCCACAGCCGCAUAUACAGUACAGGAGGUUACCCACAGCCACAUACACAGUACAGGAGAUUACCCACAGCCGCAUAUACAGUACAGGAGGUUACCCACAGCCACAUAUACAGUACAGGAGAUUACCCACAGCCGCAUAUACAGUACAGGAGAUAACCCACAGCCACAUAUACAGUACAGGAGAUUACCCACAGCCGCAUAUACAGUACAGGAGAUUACCCACAGCCACAUAUACAGUACAGGAGGUUACCCACAGCCACAUAUACAGUACAGGAGGUUACCCACAGCCACAUAUACAGUGCAGGAGGUUACCCACAGCCACAUAUACAGUACAGGAGGUUACCCACAGCCACAUACACAGUACAGGAGGUUACCCACAGCCACAUACACAGUACAGGAGGUUACCCACAGCCACAUAUACAGUGCAGGAGGUUACCCACAGCCACAUAUACAGUACAGGAGGUUACCCACAGCCACAUACACAGUACAGGAGGUUACCCACAGACACAUACACAGUACAGGAGGUUACCCACAGCCACAUAUACAGUACAGGAGGUUACCCACAGCCACAUAUACAGUACAGGAGGUUACCCACAGCCACAUAUACAGUACAGGAGGUUACCCACAGCUGCAUAUACAGUACAGGAGGUUACCCACAGCCACAUAUACAGUGCAGGAGGUAACCCACAGCCACAUAGAGUACAGGAGGUUACCCACAGCCACAUAUACAGUGCAGGAGGUUACGCACAGCCGCAUAUACAGUACAGGAGGUUACCCACAGCCACAUAAACAGGAGCCAUAUGUAUUUAAACCAAAGACGGUACUCACACAGCCAUACGGGAGUUACUGUACGAACCAAAGGGGUUCACUGCUGUUGACAUUUAAUCAUGGACAAUAGAAGGGAAUGAUGACUAACCCAGAAGGCAACAUUUGGCACACUAUGUCAUCUUAAUGAUGUUAUAAAGUGGUUAUUAACUGGAUAAGAAGUUGUAUAGCCAGAUGACUGGUCCCUGUUACCAGGUACAUAUAUCAUGACAAGAUCAAUACAGGAUGGGAAGCCAGAUUUAUUUUUCUGGUUGGUAAAAAGACCUUAAUGAAACUUCCUACAAGCGGUAGGUGACCUUCGAACAUUGUGACCAGUUUUGCCCACCGGGAACAGGUUCAGUGUCGGUCAUCCCUUGAAGGGCAUAAAACACUGUUAGCAUUGCAAGGCAUCAGAGCUAGUACAGCUAUCACAUGUAGGAAUGGCUUUGAGAAGGUCGUUGUGGAAGCGCGUGGAAACAGUAAAGGAGAUAUGUGUUCAGUAACAAAGCUCUUUUUUUUUCUUUUUAAGGAGAUGUUUUUAUCUGGUGGUUACUAAUAAUAAUAGCAAUAACAACAGUCUGUUGUGUUUUGAAGUGGAGCUGGUUCCCUAUUCUGCUUUUCAUGUUCCGUCAUUAUUAAAUUAAUCUACAUAAA